AUGAGAGCCAGCAGUCUGGCCACAACUGCAACUAUUUCAUCUGGCAACAACUGCAACUAUUUCAUCUGGCAACAACUGCAACUAUUUCAUCUGGCCACAACUGCAACUAUUUCAUCUGGCCACAACUGCAACUAUUUCCUCCUGUUGAGCAGAGGGAUCCUCGGGAGCAAGAGAAGAGCUACAAAAAGAGACAAAGGAGGAAAGGUCUACUCUGCCUUCCUUGUCCGGGGUCUACUCCGCCUUCCUUGUCCAGGGUCUACUCCGCCUUUCUUGUCCAGGGUCUACUCUGCCUUCCUUGUCCGGGGUCUACUCCGCCUUCCUUGUCCAGGGUCUACUCCACCUUUCUUGUCCAGGGUCUACCCCGCCUUCCUUGUCCAGGGUCUACUCCGCCUUCCUUGUCCAGGGUCUACCCCGCCUUCCUUGUCCAGGGUCGACUUCGCCUUCCUUGCCCAGGGUCUUGUCCAGGGUUUACCCCGCCUUCCUUGUCCAGGGUCUUGUCCAGGGUUUACCCCGCCUUCUUUGUCCAGGAUGAACCACCACAGGACUGACAGACUAACACUGAUGAACCACCUCAGGACUGGCAGACUAACACUGAUGAACCACCACAGGACUGGCAGACUAACACUGAUGAACCACCACAGGACUGGCUGACUAACACUGAUGAACCACCACAGGACUGGCCUACUAACACUGAUGAACCACCUCAGGAUUGGCAGACAAACACUGAUGAACCACCACAGGACUGGCAGACAAACACUGAUGAA